UCAACGGCGCUAAGUAAACAUAACCUUUAAAUUUCAACAACUUUUAUAUAAACAAAUUCGAUUAAACAUUUAUCGUUAAGAUGUAUAACAGACCAAAACAUACAGACACUGAGGACGAUAUCCUUAAAAUGCAAGAGGAAUUUUUCAAAAAUAAAGGAAAUAACUCCAUUCAACCUGCUGCGAAGGUUGUUAAUGUGCAAAAAGAUAAUGUACCAUCCAAAUCGGAAUCAAAUACACUUCUUAAUGACAGCUUGCAAAUAGCGAACACUUUCGAAGCAAUACCCACCAAUGCAAACAUAGGUAGCAUUGUUCAAAAAGUGAACGUAAACUCUGGUGUUGUUAUACAACCUUUUCUACACAAAAGAGGGUUCCCUGAAGCCAAACGCAGAGAGUUAAACACAAGACCGUGUAAAGGAAGCAUAUUUUCCCAGCACAUGAAGAAACAGAAAUUAGAUCCAGUUCCAUGCGAAAUUCCGCUUACCGUAAGAGAAAAUAAAGAACAUCCGGAUCACAGCUGUAUCUUGACAGGACAAGAUAAGGACGCAAUACACAAAGAAAAUGUCUCAAUUUUGCAGCAAAUGACUGUCGAUGAAAUAAAGGAAGAACGUGAGAAGCUCCUGUCGACUAUGGAUCCUGCAAUUGUUGCUUUUCUAAAGGCAAAGCGUCAGAAUGUAAACGAAAGCCGCACCAAAAGUAUUGCAGAACAGAAUGAAGCCGCUCAAAGUUUUGAAGUGGAAGAUGUGGAGGCCUCAAGGGAGGUUUUGGACGUGGAAAAUUCGGAUAGGUGGUUAAAUUUUGACAGCGUUGAGCUUGGUAAAUUGGCAUGGAUGACCGAGUUUAACGUUCCCAAGUGCAAUAAGGGGGAUGUAUACGAAGCUCGGUUUGACUUUGAAGGCUGGAUUUUGCCGUACAGUGCCCCCAUGACUGAGAGUAAUCGUAGCUUGUACCAUCAUGGGGAGGAGCCUGGGAGGCCGGGGUAUACCUUGCAGGAGUUGUUUCAGUUGUGCAGGUCAAGCAUUAUUCAACAGAAAAUAGUCGCGUUAAACACAAUCUCCAACAUACUCGCGCUGGUCCAAAGCGGCGUUUACGAUAAUAUAAUCGACAUACCCGUGGAGCAAAUUUUCUUCGUGCUGAGAUUUUGCCUGGAUGACAAUACGGUAUCUGUAUUGAACGCAGGAGUAAAGGCGUUCCGUAACUUAUUUUAUUAUCCUAUCGAUGAGGCGUGCUUGGAUAAUUUGCUGGGGUUCGGUUUGGGGCAAGUACAGCCGCUACUCGCUGUUGACCAUUCGGAAACCGACGACGAUAACACUGUCAACGAUCAGCAGCUGGCGGAGACGAAUUUGAUCAAAUGUUUGGCGCGCUCUGACAUUUUAAAACGGAUACGAUACAUCAUUACGACUGUAAAGCCCUCGGUGGAGACGAUCACUUAUUGCUUAGAAAUUCUAAUCAGAUUGGCUAGAGAUUCGGAUUAUAUUGCAAAACGAGUUUUUGAAUGUGAGGAUCUUAUUGCUUCAAUUGUAGAUUCUUCGUUCCAUGUGUUAAAGUUGGUGGUAAGCAGAAAAUAUGUCAAGGAUACCCAUUCUGCUUAUGGAUGUCCCGUGGUGCAAGCAGUAAAAUUGGUUAGGAUACUGAGCAGCAGAAAUAAAAUGUAUGCUGUUCAGUUUAUAAAUCGAUACAACCUAAUGGCGUCUUUAUCAUUUUACCUUUCGGACGCAACAUUUGCGUUAAAUUCAAACGGGCUGAAGUUACAAGUGGAAGCUUUGCACUUGUGGAGUGUCUUCGUACAUUACAAUUUGGCAAUGGAUUACUUCGAGCAAAUGCAACCCAUUCUAAUUAAGCUGUUAGAUUUCCAUGUGAAAAAAACAGAUUUGGCCUCAUCGAGCUAUUGCAUUCAAAGUCACGCCGCCGCUUUACUGAUAUUUUUAUCCGCAGCGUUUCGGAGUAACGCAUCGUGUGCUGGCCAAUUUUUGCCAUUGCUGCACGAGUACGCGCUCUCAAAGUGGGUGGCACAGUUUGGGUCACUUUCUGACGUUAAGUUUGAAGUGCAUAAGCCAGCUGCUAAUUUACGAUCGGUCGAAGCUGCAGCUUGGGACGCGCCAGAUCGUAUUAUUCCCGUAAUGCAGACUUCAAGUUGUAUACCAUUUGUAACGGUUCUGUCCAGACUAAUUAUACAGUGUGAGCAAAGUAUUAAGGUCGCCUUUUUGAAACAUGGCAACAUAUCAAAUUACCUUAAGCUGCUAAAUUCGACAUCAAAUUACUGCUUGGUUUCAAACUGGUUUACUCGGUUAGAAAGCGAGCUAAUCGCCAACUGUUUGAAAAUUGCCGUAUCCGUCCGAAACGAAGUUGACGUGUCGCUCUUCUACGAGGUCGCGAUAAAAUCGUUGAGUAUUUACAACAGCGAAUUUAAGGAAGAUAUCGGGUACAUAUUGAGGAACAUUGUCUUCAGCACCUCAUUCUACCCCUGCGAGCUACUCAUAAAUAAUUUACACAUCGAGCAUGGAAAUGACUUAUUGGUAGAAACUUUGAAUAAUCUAGACCAGAUAAUGAACGUUUAUUCGGCGGUCUUAAAUAUAAAAUCGGAGACACGCGACAAUUUGUUUGUUAAUUUAAGUACAGGCACAGUGAUGCCAAUCGAUUGGAUUUACAGCCCGAUUAUAUAUCUAUACAUGAACCAGCAAAAAAAUAAAGAAGUAAUAUCGGAGAAACAGCAAGUUAAUAUCGUUACAAACUGUUUGCGUUGGAUUUAUUUGUACGAAACUUACUUUCCGAAUUUGGCAAAGUUAAUUAACGCCACGGACCGAUAUUGCAGAUUGGCUUGUACAUUUUUAGGCAGUGACAAUUUAUUUUUGGAGUCGGAGAUACACAACUUGUUGGAAGCCUGCCUACAGCACAUCAUUAAAAAUCACGAGGAGAAUAUUAACUUUAACAGGCCGAUUGAAGGUUUAAAUAAUUUCCAAGACUUUUACACGCAACUCUUGGAGCAGUAUCAAGGUGUGAGUUAUGGGGACGUGCUAUUCGGUAACUUUGUUCUGUUACCUUUAAUUCAAAGGCACAGUGUGCGGUAUCGCAAAACUCUAUGGUCGGAGUACGCCGGCAUCGUUCAAAUAUUUAAUGUGACGGCGGAACAAGUGGUUUGUCCCGUGGAAUUGUUUUUAACACCUGAGGAAACCGACAUCUCGCUACUCAAAUGUUAUAGACGAGCUUUAGUUACAGGACAAAUUCGAAAACAUUCAAUUUUGUAUACUAUUGCAAAUCAUCAUGUAAAUAGGUUUUUAUCAAGGAAAAAUGAAAAUAAAAUGCAGGCUGGAAGAAUGAGGCUGUGGAUUCAUGGACAAUGCCAAGAUCGAGCUAGGUAUAUGCGUCAACAAUAACUCAGGUCCAUUUUGCUGGUGUGUAGUAAUUUGUAUGUAUGUGCAGUGUUACAGUUCACACCAGUCGCUUUUAAAAUUCUUACUGCUCUUGUGUACUCUAUCAAAAGUUGGAUUUGUAGUGGGUGAAAAAAUCACAUCGGUCACAUUUUAAGUCGUUGACAGGUCCAUAUGUCUGGAUGUGCUUUAAGACGUUUCGUGAUGAAAUCGCACUGGGUAUACUUUAAAUUCUUUGUGAUCUUGCAUGUUAAUAAUUGUGUUUUAUAAUUAAGUUUAUCGUUCAUUUUAUUGUCACACUGGACACAUUUUAAAUUCGUGGUAGUGUCGUGUGUUAAAAUGCUAUUGCUCAUGUUCAGUGUUCUACUUGUGGUGCAGGGGGGCAGCAAAAUCUUAUUGCCCUAUAGGCUGUGAAAUUUGCACCUGUGAUAUUUUGAAUUUUUUAAUGUUUUC